GGUUGUUGUUGCAACACCACUCAACCAGCCGAUCUCUCUCCCCAGUGCGAACAAUGGCUAACACAAGGGGACAGAAUUUUAAAGGUGAUUGGAGGGGUGUUGGGCUGACAGACGAGGAGCUGGUCCGGGUCUGCGGAGGCCGCACCGCCCACAGGGGUGCCCGGCACGGCCUGACCAUGAACGCAAAGCUGGCGCGGCUGGAGGAGCAGGAGCAGAAUUCCUGGCCAAGUACGGGCAGCGGCACGGGCGAGCAGCUGCCUGGAGCCACAGGCCGGAGCGAAGCCCAGGAAGGAGGAGGAGAAAAGGAGAGGAAGGUGAAGAAGAGGCAGGCGUCCCCCGGCCGGGGUGCUGGGGGCUGAGGGGACGGCCACAGUGCGAGGAGGCCGUGGGUCCCGGCGCAGAAGGCGCGGGUGAACUGCUGCCCAAGCGGAGGGCAAAGAGGCACAAACGCAGGCGGGGAGACGAGGAAACCGGAGCAGAACUGUUGUGAGUGAGGAAACAGAUUCGAUGGGUCUCAAAAGCAAAGGACUCUGAACACAGUCUGGCAGUAAAGGAUUUAUUUACAGAA